AUGGCAGCAUUGUAUAAUGAUAAAAUUUUUUUUGUUGGAGGUUCACGACCUAUACCUAAGACCUCGCCCGCAUGGAAUACAACUCAUCAAUUCAAUCUAUCAGACGAAGUGUUCUAUUUAGAUCUUUCGUCAUCAUUUACUGUUGAUUUACCUCCGUUCACGGAUCUUUCUGCAACUUCACGAGUACCAUUUGGCUGCGAAAAGGGAACAAUAGUAUCAGGAAUUAAUGGCGCACGUAUGUAUCUUGUUGGCGGAGUGCAGCAAGAUAUGACAACAUUUGGUUAUAAUACAACAAAUUCUAUCCUUUGGAUAUAUAAUGUAAAUUCACAAAGAUGGGACACUACUGGACAAGGAACUGAUGGUGCACCACUUCCUAGGCGCAGAUCCACCGCAACAACUAGUGACAAAAAUGGUGUAAUUUAUAUACUUGGUGGAAGGGUGGAAGUGGAUACUGGUUCAAAUGUAUUUACAAUAUUUGACGAUUUUUUCAUGUUUGACACUUUAUUACUGAAAUGGACAAAUAUGACUUCACUUCCUAAUCAUCCGUAUAAACGAAGUCAUAGUACUGCAACUUUAAUGCCUGAUGGAAGAAUUAUUUACAUAGGUGGUGUUACUCAAUCUAUCCCAGGUGUAGCUGCAACUCGUAUAAGCAUGAAUGAA